AUCCAUCCAUUUUUUCACCACAAAACACGAUUUUGACGUAUACGGCUUUUUGUAACUCCCGCCAUGAAAAUCCUCUCGAGGGAUUUGUUUUUGAGAACAAGCAGGAAGUGACGUUACCAACAGUACUGCACUCAGGCGGGCUCGUUUGUUUAUACGAGUUUCACCUGCUGGAAGUUAGCUCGGUCGCUCCUUCGUGUUAGCCAAAAUGCCGGCUCGUUGCAUUGCUGGACAUUGCUUGAACACUCGGGAGGAAGGAUUUAGCCUUCAUAAGUUCAUAAGAGACCCGGUUCAUCAUAAAAAACGGAUUGCACGAGUGCAGAGGACGAGAGCUUUGUGGGUUCCAAAUGACAGAAGGACGGCGGAGUACGAGGAAGAACUUUGGAGACCAAAAAUGAAGAACGAGCCGCACGCUGUUUGCGAAGAGCCUCGAGUUGAGUUCCCCACAGCAGAUAUCAGUGAAGAUUUUCGUUCUGAACAGCUAAACCCAGAGUCGCUUUACAUUAAACAGGAAGCAGAGGUGGAGCCAGCCCACAUCAAAGUGGAGGCGGAGUCCCGAUGCAUUAAAGAGGAAGAGCAGGAGGGAAAAAUCACGGUUCAGUUGAUUGGCGUUCCUUUGAAGAGUGAUUAUGAAAAUCAAAGGACGGAGAGCAGAGGGGCGGAGCCUCCACGAAGCUGCUCAAGUCAACACGUGACAAAAGAAGGCAAUAGAGAGGAUUCUGGGGGAUUAGAACCAGAAGGCCUGUUAGCUCCACUGUCAGAUAGUGAAGACAUGACGUUACACUCGACUCACACUGAUGAAAAUGAUGAUAAACAGUCUGGAGGUGAUAGUGCAUGUCACACUAACGACAACCUAAAAAAAUGUUCCCAGUGUGGGAAAAUGUUUUCUCAUAAAUCAUAUUUGAAACAACACAUGAGGACCCACACUGGAGAGAAACCUUUUGCCUGCUCAGUUUGCGGUCAAAGAUUCUCUUGGAAGGAAUGCUUAAAAAUACAUACAAGAACACACACUGGUGAGAAACCUUUUGCUUGUUCAGUUUGUGGUCAACGAUUUGCUCAAAGAAGUCAAUUGACAAUACACACAAGAACGCACACUGGGGAGAAACCUUUUGUCUGCUCAGUUUGUGGGCAAAGGUUUGCAUAUAGAAGUCAUUUGACAACACACACAAGGAAACACACUGGACAGAAACCUUUUGUCUGCUCAGUUUGUGGUCAAAGAUUCACCGAGAAGGGAACCUUAAAUAAUCACACGAGAACACACACAAGUGAAAAACCGUUUUCUUGCUCAGUUUGCGGCCAAAGAUUCUCUUGGAGGAGCUCCUUAAAAGUACACACAAGGACGCACACUGGUGAGAAACCUUUUGCCUGUUUAGUUUGCGGUCAACGAUUUGCUCAAAAAAAUAUUUUGACAACACAUACGAGGACGCACACAAGUGAAAAACCUUUUUCUUGCUCAUUUUGCGGUCAAAGAUUCGCUUGGAGGAGCUCCUUAAAAAUACACACAAGGACACACGCGGGUGAGAAACCUUUUGCCUGUUUAGUUUGUGGUCAACGAUUUUCUCAAAAACAUAUUUUGGCAACUCAUAGAGGGACACACACAGGUGAGAGACCUGUGUGUGGUCAACGAUUCGCUCAAAAUAGUCAAUUGACAAUACACAAAACCACACGCACUGGAGAGAAACCCUUUGCAUGUUCAGUUUGUGACCAAAGAUUUGCUCAUAGAUUUCAUUUGACAACACACACAAUAACUCACACUGGUGAGAAACCUUUUGCUUCCUUAUUUUGUGGUCAAAAAUCAGCUCAAACAAAAAAUCUUACAGCACACUCAAGAACACACACUGGUGAGAAACCUUUUUCCUGCACCUAAGCAUUUGUAGCAUCUGUGAAUCCAAAAUGCUGUCCAGUUCCGAUCAAUUCACUGCUCUGCGAAUUAACUGACGUCUUAAAAUCUACGAUCUGUGUAUGUUCCUAAAGGCUUCCUGUGAACAAGUGUUGAAAAUUUGCUCUCACACGCGCAAGAAUACAUCUGAUUUGUUCAAUGUUUUUGCGAUAUGUGUAUCAAACAACCUGAUGAUUGAUUGAAAUUGUAGUAAAAUGGAAAAUACAUGAUCCAGAUUCAAUUGCUGUAUAUUUUGCAAUGUAUUAUGUAACUAUAUCACACUGUACAAUUUCUCUUCUCUGUAUUUUAUCUGCUGAAUGCGACUCUGGUACUUGACACAUUUGUAGCUAGAUACUGUG